AUGGAAGCUAUGAGUGAUAAUUAUCUUUCGCUCCCCGCUAUUGCAGAUUUCAUCAACGCAUACGAGGAUAAACCAACCGCGGAGAAUGCCAAGAUCAUGGUGAGCGGUCUCCUCACUUACGCGUUCGAUUCAAAUGAUGGCUGGAUUCUCAAGUGGCAAGAGGACGAGGAAAACAACCAUUCGAACUGUUUCAUUGUGAGAGCUACUGGCGAAGACAGGGCCCUGCACACCAUCGUGAAGAUUGUUCUCGACGCAUCUGCUCCAAUCCAAGAAACCUGGGAUCAACAGGUUCCCCGCCUGCUCAAUGCCCCGAUUCCUAGCGAACGAUGCUGGGCCCUCCUCAUCCGUGGCCUCAAGGUCUGCCUUUACGAGUACCACCGUGACCAGGAGCCCGGCUACCGUCUGGUUCCCUGCGACUUCACGAUCAAGGACAAGAAAAAGCAGUCGAUUCACAUUCGCAAACAUGCUGACGCUGUCAACAACAUUUUCACGAGCAUCCCUGCUCAGGUCCCCCAGCCACUUGAUUACGGCGAAUACGGUAGCCCGGCCGCGAAUGACUCUUCCGCCGACAUGACAGAUGGGUCGAAGGCUUCCCUAGAUGAGACUAUUCUGACAGUCCCUACCUCUACUACUCUUCUCGAGCCUUCCUCUGAGGAUCCUCCCGCCAUGGCCAGCGAGGAUAAGACACCUACGAAAGCCGAUCCUGUCACUGAGCGUGAGGCCGCUGCCCAGGACAAGACAGUAACUCGACUCGAUACUACUACUUCUCAGACCAAGCAUACUACAGGGGCCAAUGGAACUCAGGCCAAGAUAACUACUCAAGCCAAGGCUGCUUUUCUGGCAAAGGCUGCUGCUGGGGCCAAGAGUGCUAUUCAGGUUAAGUCUGCCGCCGGGGUAAAGAAUGCUACCCAGCCCAAGACUACUCAAGCCAAGGCUGCUCUUCUAGCCAAGGGUGUUUCUGGAAUCAAGCUCACUCCCAAGGUCAAACCCACACCUGGGGCUGAGGUUGUGGGACAUCCAGCCACAGACUAG